AUGCAUGUAGUUUUAGCUCGAAAUCGGAAUGUGAUUGCUGAAAUUCUAGACAAACUAGACGAACACUUUCCACAUGCAGGAGUCGAUCAAAUCAACUUCAAGAUCCAUAAGUAUCUGCGGACUUUGAAAAUCUUCAAAACUUUGUAUUAUACGUCAUUCACUAUAAUUGACUUGAGUUUAAGUUUAAUGCCAAUCUUUCACAAGAUUUAUGGAUCAAUCAACUCAAUAUUUGUUGAAUGGGAACUAAUAGUGACAAUGGAAUUGCCAUUUGAUCAGCAACAGCCAAUCGUAUACGAAGCGUUGUAUAUACUUGAAAUUUGGAUUGUUAUAUUUUAUGCAUUUUAUGUCAUUAGUACGGAUAUGUUAUUUGCAUGCCUAAUUCAAAUCUUGGCUAUGGAGUUUGAUAUUCUUGGGCAAAUUAUGAGUGAAGUUGACGUGACUAAAAGUGAAGAAGAAGCUAUUAAAGAGCUCAAGAAGUUAAUCAAUAUCCAUCAACAACUGAUUGAAGUCUCAGAAAAAUUGGAUGACAUCUUUGCACCAUUGCAGCUCAUUAAUGCUUUUGGAUCAAUUACAGCACUGUGCACCACAAGUUUCUUGGCAGUGGUAAAUUGA